CCUGGCCGGUACGCCGCCGGGGCGAGCGUCUGGAUCGUUACAGCGAUCGUGCUCGCGGCCUUCGACAUAGAGCUCAUAGUAGGUGGAAAUGGAAAACCAGUGUAUCCGGUGCCAGAAUCUGGGGGCAAUUUCAUAUCGAGCGUGCAGUUCUUUCGUUGUUCCUCUCGUUUAGGAGUGGAGGUUCAAUGA